ACAGCAAACGCAAGCCCAAGUAGAUGAGGUGGUAGAUAUCAUGAAAGUUAAUGUUGAUAAGGUGUUGGAAAGAGAUGCGAAGCUGUCAGAGCUAGAUUCACGGGCAGAUCAACUGCAAGCUGGAGCAUCACAGUUUGAGCACAGUGCUGCAAGACUGAAACGCAAGAUGUGGUGGCAGAAUUGCAAGAUGUGGAUCAUUCUCAUUGUGGUGAUCCUUGUGAUAAUUGCUGUCAUUGUCAUUUGGGUGGUGACAGACAACCAGAAAAAUAGUUCAAGUAGUGGUGAAAAAGCUACUGUGGCUUCUACCACAAAAGGAAAAUGACGUUAACAUACAAAAGGGCUCUGAGAUAUUCUUGUAAUAAAGGGAACAAGGGCUUUUUACAAGUAUAAGCUUAUUUUGUAGAAGCUGUACAUAAAAAGGAGUCUUCUGUGGUCAAUCUCAAUGUGUGCACUGGCAAGCACAACUCUAACAUAAAGUAAUUAUAAAUUAGUUAGUUUUAUUUUGAUUAAAUAGGUCCCACAGAACCAAACUCUGUAACAUAAUAUUGUAAUGCAAAUCAACUGUGUUGAUUGUCCUUGAGUGCAGAGGCCUUUUUUUUUCAUUAGAGCAAUGGAAGCUAAGAAUAUCAUGACUGUAAACUGAAACAGCUCGAAAGCCGGUUAACGCUAAUCCAGGAUUAAAAGUUAACCCAAGUAUUAAUUUUGCUUAUAGAAAAUGUUUUUCACUGUGUAGUUUGUGGUUUUUCAAACUCAAAACAGAAGGACAAAGAAUAUAAACUGACAUACCUACUUACCGAAAAGUUACAAAACAC